CUAGAUACCAUCUGCUUCCUCGUAAGGCGUGUCCUAACUCUCCCUGUGGCCUUGACUGCCGCUUCGAGUUACUCGACCCCUCUAGUCCCUCUCAUUCUCCAGCCCUUCUAUUGCGCGGUACAGACGAGCAACUAUUCUGUUAAUCCAAAGGCGAAUCCAAUCAGGAGAAUCGCCCAAAAUGGCGGCCGCACCGCCUAAGCGCAAGAGAACAUGGGACACGCCACCAGUCGCGGAUCUAGAUGCCAAUACACUGAACGGAGCGGCGUCUAUCGCGGACGGACCGAGGAAAGUUCCAGCAGGAGACCGCAAAGGGAAGGCAAAAAUGCCUGACGACGACUACGAGCAAGGCGACAGGGCCGGAUCCGAAUUAGGGUUUCGUCGACCCGUGCUGCCCGCGGCGCCGGGUGACAAUGACGAGGUUGAAAUGGACCUGUUAGAGGCACUCGAGCGAGAAGCAGAAGCAGCGGCGGCGGCGGGGGGGGAGGGCGGAGCCGGGGGUGGCGGAUUCUCCGCCGAAGUGAUGGAUCUGCGCGGGUUGCGGAGAGCGGUGCUGGCGUUUGAGAAGCGGCUUAAGGAGAACAUGGACGCGCGGAUUCGCCACGUGGACCAACCGGAGAAGUUCAUGGAAUCCGAGGUGGAGCUCGACCGAGAGGUCAAGAAGCUCCACGCUGUCGCAAGCGCACCGAGCCUGUACCCUGAUUUAGUACGGUUGAAUGCGGUUCCGUCGAUUUUGUCGCUCCUAGGGCACGAGAACACGGAUAUCUCGAUAGGAGCGGUUUCGUUACUAGGAGAGUUGACGGAUGCGGACGCAGUAGGGGAACACGAGGAGGAGGCGAAAGCGUUGGUUCAGGCGAUUGUAGAUUCGAGCGGGUUGGAGCUCUUAGUGCAGAAUCUGCAGCGAAUGGACGAAAAGGAUAGCGAAGAAGGUAACACCGUUUUUGCGACAUUAGGGAUUUUCGAGAAUAUGAUUGAGGCGCUGCCAUCCGUCGCCGAAGCCGUCUGCGAACGAACCCGUCUGUUACGCUGGUUACUGGGCCGAAUCCGCGUUAAAGAGUUCGACGCGAAUAAGCUAUACGCGAGCGAGAUCCUCGCUAUCCUGCUACAGGGCAGCUCGGCGAACCAGAAACGCGUCGGCGCGAUGAACGGCGUGGAUUCUCUCCUGCAAGCCGCGGCAAUCUACAAAUCUCGCGACCCGAAAUCGACGGAGGAGGAAGAGAUGGUGGAGAAUAUCUUCGACGCGCUGUGCAGCGUGGUGAUGGUGGACGAGAACAAGGAGCGGUUCGUCAAGUCGGAGGGCGUCGAGCUGAUGAUCAUCACCAUGAAGCAGAAGAAGCUCGCGUACACGUCCGCCAUGAAGGCUCUGGAUUUCGCCACGACCCGGUGCCCUGCGGCUUGUGAACGAUUCGUCGAUGUUCUGGGGCUCAAGACACUAUUUUCGGCCUUCAUGGGGAAGGUGGCAGUGAGGCGCAAGGACAAGUCAGAGACGCUUCAGCUGAUGGCUGCCUGCUCUGCCUUUGGCUUAUGUGCUUCCGGGAUGCGUGCUGUGGCAGUUAGGCGCAAGGACAAGUCAGAGACGCUUCAGCUACAGCAGGAGAUAGAUGAGCGUGUCAUCUCCCUCAUUGCGUCUCUGCUCUCGGGGUUGUCCAAGGGGUCCAGACGAGACCGCGUGCUAAGCAAAUUCGUGGAGGGCGAGUAUGAGAAGAUCGACCACCUGCUGGAGCUGUAUAUCAAGUACUGGGAGCGUGUGCGGGCAGAGGAGAGGCGGCAGGAGGAGCAGCAGAGAAGACGAGAGAUGUUGAGAGAGCGAGGAGAGGAGGAGGACGAGGAGGAUGAGAUGACUGAUGAGGAUCUCUAUCUCGCUCGUCUAGAGGCAGGCCUCUUCACACUCCAGCUCAUCGCUCUCAUCCUCGCUCACCUAUGGGCCGCAGAGCACGGCGGCAUGAGGCAGCGAAUAGACCUGCUGCUGCGGCAGCAGAAGCUCUCAAGAGACCACGUGAAGGGUAUACUGCAGGAGUACAGCGACAACAUAGGAGACCUGGAUGGGGAGGAGGAGCGCGACAGACGGCGGGACAGGAUAGCCAAGCUCAUCCGAGACUUGUGAUGACUAGUGUGGAAAUUUUGUGGGGUCGUUUGUAAACGUUCAACCUCAGGGUGUUGUGUUGUGCUGCCUUUUCUGGCUGGGUAGGCGGCAGGCUCACAGCACGGCAGAGUUGAGCCUGCAUUCAAUUGAUGGAGAAGGCUCAAGACAAGAAGAUGUGUUGAAACUUGGGAUGGUCCUCCUGUCUCAUCGCUCUAAUGUGGAUUGCUGGCCCGGCUUGUGUACAGAGUUGAGUAACACGAACCCAUUAUUUCACAGCAAUAGUAUGUUGCUUUGCCUAUGCA